CAUACUAACACAUCUCUACUGUGUCGGACCGGACGUCUCCGCGUCCGCAAUUUUUACGUUUGUUUUAAACAAGAAAAGUCAGAUUUAAACAAAGAAAAUAAUUGUGAAAAUUUAGCAAAAAUUCAAUACCGAAAUUAAUAGCGUUUUAUCCAAAAUAUACACAGAACACUUUGCUAACAUGCAUUGUACCUUAAAAUUUUUGGCCGCGUCAUGUGUCAUCGUCACGCUGCUCGCUGCACAAAGCGCUUUUGGUGACCGUUCUUCAACGGUGACCAAAAGAAUGUCGCAGCCAAAUGGAAAUUUAAUCGAAUUGGAUGAAGAUAAUUGGCAUUUAAUGUUAAAUGGCGAAUGGAUGAUUGAAUUCUUUGCUCCUUGGUGUCCAGCCUGCAAGAACUUGGCGCCAGUUUGGGAGCGAUAUGCCAGCACAGCUAAGGAUGUUAAUGUCCAUGUGGCCAAGAUCGAUGUAACCACAUCGCCCUCACUUAGCGGUCGCUUCUUUGUCACCGCCUUACCCACUAUUUAUCAUGUCAAAGAUGGUGAAUUCCGUCAAUAUCGUGGCGCACGUGAUGCCGAAGCUUUGUUGUACUUCUUGAAGAAGAAGUCGUGGCAAAGUAUUGAGCCACUGUCUUCAUGGAAGAAGCCCGACACCAUUCACAUGUCUUUGCUGUCCUAUUUCUUCAAGCUGUCGCACACAUUAAAGGAUUUCAACGCGCGCCUGCAGGAGGAAUAUGGAUUGCCCACCUGGGGCUCCUAUGCACUCUUUGCCAUCGCCACAAUAUUUGUGGGAGCUGCUCUGGGGUUGAUGCUGGUGUGCAUUGUGGACUUUGUUUACCCACCAAAGAAAUCACAGCGUCAAAGCUUCUCCGAGUCACAGGAGCAUCUAGCCGAGGGCGUUGAGGACUUGGCCACCGAGGAAAUCGAAGAUGAUGAUGAGGAAGCUGUCGAGGAUGAGGAUCGCAACAGCGAUGAAGAUGAGGAGGAUGAGGAUGAUGCCGAAGUCAAGACGGAUCAAAAGAAGUUAAAUAAUGGUGACAAUGCAAACGAAAAGAUAACUGAAAUCAAGGCAGAGAAAACAGAAUCUAUAGACAAAUCAGCAGGCGAUGAGGCGCCCGAAAGCACAGAUAAGCCCAAUACAGAGCAGGUGCGCAAGCGUAAACCCCGUAAGGCAGAUUAAAGUAUGUCUAAGGCAUAUUGAUCGACGCGUAGGGUGGAAACAAAAAAGACUAACAUAACAUUACAAAAAAGAAAACAAACGAAACAUUAAAUCAUUGUAACAACAAAUAGGCAUUCUGCAAUUUGUUGCUAAUUGUAAUUACGGAUCUGUUUUGAAUUGUUUAAAUUCGCGCACAAUACACGAAGAAAUUCUGUCCCAUUUGAAAUGUAUUCCCAUUGAAGCUGCAGCCGAUUUUAUACACAUUUGGCUUUUGCAGCAAUGUUCGAGUAUCGGCAGUCGCAUCCAAGCACCAACAUGUAUUUCAUAAUUAUAAAAAGAGUAACAAUAAUUAAAUAAUUAGUCAUUUUAUUUAA